GCGCUUAUGAUACUUAUUAUAUGGACUCUUAUUGUUCAGCCAGUGUUCCCGCAAAUGGCAAAACACCGGCCAAUUCGGGAACCGCUGCUGUCAUACAAUUGGGCAAAGAGUCGUGCACUUCAGUCGCCACUUUGCGGGCAUUCAAAACAGAAUAUCCUAAUAAUGCCAAAUGUGAAGUUACGGUCAAAUCGCCGCCUGGUUUUGGUUUAGUCGCUACCUUGAAGUACGCAUCUCUGAGGCCAACACUUCCCUGUGCUAUAGACAAGGAUGAGGUGAUUGUGUCGAUCAACAAAACACUUCAGUAUAACAUCAUCUCCAGUACUGGCGAGGGUUUUGUAACCGAUAUCAGUGACACCGAUAUCGGCGUCAAGUUUGUGACCACUAAUAUGAGGGACGCUAUCGAUGGCAAGGGAUUUGAGAUACAUUUCACCGCUUAUAGACUAAUGGAAAGUUCGGCCAGUGUUCCCGCAAAUGGCAAAACACCGGCCAAUUCGGGAACCGUUGCUGUCAUACAAUUGGGCAAAGAGUCGUGCACUUCAGUCGCCACUUUGCGGGCAUUCAAAACAGAAUAUCCUAAUAAUGCCAAAUGUGAAGUUACGGUCAAAUCGCCGCCUGGUUUUGGUUUAGUCGCUACCUUGAAGUACGCGUCUCUGAGGCCAACACUUCCCUGUGCUAUAGACAAGGAUGAGGUGAUUGUGUCGCUCAACAAAACACUUCAGUAUAACAUCAGCUCCAGUACUGGCGAGGGUUUUGUAACCGAUAUCAGUGACACCGAUAUCGGCGUCAAGUUUGUGACCACUAAUAUGAGGGACGCUAUCGAUGGCAAGGGAUUUGAGAUACAUUUCACCGCUUAUAGACUAAAGGAAAGUUCGGGCGUCUGCAGUGACGGGUAUUUUGACUGCGAUAACAGCCGUUGUGUACACAAUGGCCUCAAAUGCGACCGAAUAGACAAUUGCGGUAAUAAUCGGGACGAAGACGGAUGUGAUUAUCCGGAUACGGAUAUGCUACUGAGUCAAAUCUUUGUGAAUUCACAUUACUCGUAUAGCACAGUAGUGUAG